UCUCUCUCUCUCUUCCCAUUUCUGUGAAGAAAAUUGACUCCCACUGAACAUUCUCUCCCCUCUUUGGCACUUUCGGGCUUUGCACAGAAGUUGUAAUGGCAGUGAGUUCUUAGUACUCUUCCUUGAUCUUUGACAAUGUUCUUGCACCCCUUUCAUAUUCUUGUUUUCAAUCAUCUGAAUUGCACCCAUUUGUUUAUUUCUUUUAUAUUUGUACCAGUAGCACCGUUGUUAUUUAUCUAUGUUUUUUGAUACUUGGGAACGGGUGCUUUGCAAAUGGGUUCUUAUCGCAUUUGAAUAGGAGUCUAUUGUGAAAAGUCGUGUCAUUUUUCAAAUAAAAAAAUCAAUUACUGUGUAUAAUUUUUUGAAUUUUUUGCACCAAAUUAAAGUACUAAUCAAGAUAUUUAAUAUGGUGCGAAAAAAUUCGAAAAAUUAUACACGAAGUAGUUGCUUUUUUUAUUUGAAGAAUGGCAAGAAAGAAAGUAUGGGACUCUCAAUAUGAAAAAAAGAGAGUAUUUGAUGUAGUUUAUGGAUUUAUUUUUUUGGUGGAAUGAUAUGUGAUAGGUUGAUCGAGCGGAUUGUGUUCAUCGAUAGGAUGUUGAUUUUUGUGUUUUAGUUCGUGGGAUGUGUAGUUUUCAUUUGCAUUCGCCAAGGAUAUUGGUUCUGUUACUGUGAUGAAUAUGUUGGCUUUUUUUUUGGAUACUGAUUCGAUAUUCUGGUUUCGGACCAAAUAGGUGGUGUUUCGGAAAUGGUAUUACAUUUCCCCGCCUUUUUGUUGGGUGUAUAAUUAGUUUUCGUGUAUAAGAGUGAGAUGUCGUUUGCCCAACAAAAACAAGAAAUGAUGAAAUGUAGUGAAAAGUAGAUCACUUGAUUUUAAUCAGUGAGCUUAUUUGUUUGUUUACUGGUCACAUUUCUGAGUCACCAAAAUAUUUUUCCCUUUGGAAAAUUUCUUUUUUUAGCGUAGUGAUUUUCGCACUUUUUUUUUCCCAUAUCACUUUCCCUCAUCUUUAUUCAUUUUAAAUUGUAAUAGUAACCUUUCAUUAGUUAACCUUUCCAAACAUAGGAGGAUGAUGUAAAUACGAAUCAAUUAGGACAGAAAGGACUGCAUCGGCCAGAAUGCGGAGUUUGAAUGUUGAUCUACGUAGACUUCAUCAGAAUCUCUUUCUAACGUCUAUAAACUGUUGAGGAUCUUAUCCUGAAUUUCAAUCGUCGUGGACCUUGGCUGCGUAAGGUUAGGAGUUAAGACAAUUCUAAGAAUCAAUGGUUGCUACCUGUGGCGUCUUGCAAUUGCUAUGCUUUCUUUGUACAAGAGAGGCACAACCCCAGCUAAAAAACUAAAGGGCUGGGAGAAAUGUCUUUAGAGAUUCUUCUCUUAAUUCAUGAUUGUUAGAAGUGAAAGGGAAGGAGGAAACAAGGCAUAAGAAAAGUGGCGGGCCUGGAGGAAGAUUCUCCAAUGCUACUUCCCUUCCUUCUCUUAUGCUCCUCAAUGCUCAACGAAAAGCAAAGCUCACAAUUGCCAAAGUUUGGGAACUGGGAAAAUGAAGAAAACGUUUCUUACACAGCUUUUUUUGAUAAUCCGAGAAAGAAAAAAGGCAGCAGAAGGAUGACUCCAUCACCUCACGAUGAUAAUACUCCAAUUCGACCCCCUCCUCUGAAACAAGAGGAUGAACCGAAGGGCCUAAUGGGAACGAAACCAAUAAGACCCACGCACGAGCGUCAGAAAAGCCCCGAAGAUGGUCAGAUAAGAAGACUAACGGAUUUUUCUCCAUUAGACCAUGACUCUGUAGGUCAAACACCUGUAGUUGACCUUUCUCGUCAGCGUUACAAUGGUGGUGUAACAUCAAGUCGUAAUAAAGUGGAGUCGGAGGCACCAAGGUCCUCAGAUAUGUUAAGACCUGGCAUGUGUGAAGCCCCUAAGAGGGUUUUACGGAAAAGUGGUGGUUAUGAUCGAAGCAUUGACCAAUCAUCACUCCACGCUCAUUACAAGGCAAGGGUUGGAGGUGGUAAAAUGGAUGGAGUCUCUUAUCCCUCAUGGGAAAAGAAGGGUUCAUCUGAAGCAAGCCAUGGCCUAGCUCCCUCCACUCUGGGGAGAUCCCGGUUGAGAUCGGUUGCUCGAGGAGACGACAACCCUGAUCACGGUCCCGUGGUUCCCAAAUUUGGUGAUUGGGAUGAGAGUAAUCCUGCAUCAGCUGAAGGUUACACUCACAUGUUCGAAAAAGUGCGAAAGGAGAAGCAGAUUGGGGCAGGAAAGGUUCCUGCCAUGGCAACUGAGUCUCCUUAUUCUAAUGGUCAAAGCCAGUACAGGAACGCAAAUCCUAAGAGCUGUUGCUGCUUUCCAUGGGGCGGAAAAUGAAAUCCUUGCAAGUUGCAACUCAGGGAAUAGAAAGCAUAUCGAUUCUGUAUAUUGUAUAUAGCUUGGAUUCGGAAGGUUGUCAUUUAUAAUGCAAAUUUUGUAGUUAAGUGCAUCCUUUGUCGCGUGCUUUCGACGAUAAGAGAGGGUAAAGAAAAGUUCCUAGGGAAAGGAUCUUGAUUCCUUUCAUUGCCUCACUCGUGUUUGUACUUGUCUAUCAGUUUUACCUUCUACACCUUGCUAUACGCCUGAGAAAUAUAAUUUGUCUUUUGCUUCUA